GAGCUAUUCUUAUUGAAAUCCUUGUUUUAAAAAUAAGAAGCAGGAAACACAUGCUGGCUUAGCGCACUGCCGGCCUAUCCAUUAACGAACUGCCGGCCUAUCCAUUAACGCACUGCCGGCCUAUCCAUUAACGAACUGUUGUCAGGCAAGUAAAUUUCAAUGGUGUUACAUAUUUUAAAAAAUAUAUAUAUUAUUACCAGUUAACGAAAUAGGAUGCCAAGGAAUAACAUUUAAAUUUAACUUUUUUAACUGAUAUAGUUGUAAGAUAAUUGAUUUUUUUUUAACUUUAAAUAUGCAGAUUAAAAAACAACAACAUGAAUUUAAAAUGGAAGCUAUCAUUAUUUAAAGUUUUUUAAAUGUGUCAUUGAUCUUGUCAUGAUUUGUAGAAAAUGUGCCCAGCUGUGAGGUACGCUACAUUACUAUUGGGGCUGGCUUCGUUGAUAUAUUGCACGACAACUGGCUUAGAACUCAACGUGAAAUACAACUGUAACAACAGCACAUGCACCUCAUCACAAUCAUUUAAUUUCUCGGAUGCUGAUUUGAAAUCGUACGUACUCAUUUAAGUUAUUAUACGUUUUACUGUGAUUUUGCAAUAAUUUAUACAUUUAGCAAGGAACUGUACAACUAAGGAAAUAAACCCAAAGAACGAGAUCCAUAUUAGAAUCCGUGUAAAAUAAUUUGUUGUUGUUGUCGCCCCUUAAACCCCUCCCCAACCCCUAUAUUACGCACCAAACUCUAUGCACACAUUUCUUCAGGUCAAUGCUUCAUUUUAUUACAAGUAAACCAUGUUUUUCACGGGCAUACUGUGACACUCAAUUUUAUAUUAUCACUACAAAAAAUAAAACCUCAUUGUUUAAAUGUAUCACCUUGAUAAGAGAGUUUUAUCCUUUCAGUUUCAAUCAGUCAAAGAAAGCUUUCUCAAAAAAAAUUUUUUUUUAAAUAUCUAAAUUUUAAACAUUUUAAUGAAGAUAUAUUUUGACUUAGGUUACUGAAGAUAAAUUAUAUUGAUCAGAAUGUUGACAAAAACAAAAACAUAUAAGACUUACAUUUUGAGACAAACCAUACAAAAGAAGAGAAUAAUUUUCUCUAAAUUUCCUUUCAGUCUUCGUGAUUGCGUGUGUCAACUAUCGUGGGAUGACUGUUCGUACGAUCACAUUGGCAAUGAAGAGGGCUGGAAAUGGAGAGCAAAUAAAUCGGCCAAGGUUUCAAGACAUGCACAAUUUAAUCACUUUGAGUGUCAACUAGUUCAAACUGAUAGCAUUGCAUGCGGCAGACGAGAAAUCGGAAACAUCACAAAGUACAAGGGCUUCUUGCAUAAAGACAUGUCGGAGGGUAUCUGUGCAAGGAUAAGUUGGAAUGCUCAACAGAAAGCUUAUUUCAUUCCAAAUAAAAACACAAUAUUCAGUGUUGAAAAUGAGCUGACUGAAAACAUAAAGACAUUAUCAUCAAUUAGGGCUAUUCUAUCAACGGUUACAACAAUAGGCAUAACGAAUUUAAUGAGAACUGAAUUCAUCAUUUUUCAACAGACCUCCAAAGAAUAUUCAACGAUGCCUUUUGACACCAAUGGCAACUCAACUGCAAAUCACAACUAUACAGAGAAAGAAUUUAUAGUGGACAAUACCAUUAUCAUCGCUUGCAUUGUGGUUGGUAUCCUUGCAAUUGUUUCCAUUGUUUUCGGAACAGUACUUCUGUUCGUUAAACGUAAUGGCAAGACGUCAACUAACGCAACGACUGAUGCGAUUGAAGGCGACCGUAAUUAUGAUUAUGUUACUAUUGACAGUGACAUCCUUGAAAGUACUGUCCCAUGUCCUGCUGACGCCAUCACAGAUGAAUCCAAAUGGAAGCAGUCAUCAGAAACACAGCACUACUCCACAGCUUCUCAGGAAAUUCAUUUAGACGUCAGACACUGGGGAUCAGAACACCAGCGAAAUCGUGUGAGCAGUGACAGUUCAAUGAAACCAGCUGCCUUGAAUGUGUAUUCCAAGCUUAGUGAAGAAACAAAGACAU